AUGUUCAUUAAAAAUAAUAAAGCCUCACCUGUUCCGAACAUUCUAAGAUGUCUAAUCAAUAGUUCACAGUUUUCUAUUGAGAGGAACAAAUAUGGAGCAAAUAUGUCUUCAUUCACUUCACCGAAGCCUACACCUCCGACUGCGAUUCCAUUAAUGGAGAUUCUUUUGAAUAUCCCAUCGCUGUUUCCCAUGCCCCUUAAAGAAUCAUGGAAAGAUUAUAAAAUCUUUCAUGAUGACGUUGAUAAAUUCCAAACAGGUUUAUUAUCUACACUUCCAUUUUUCCCUUCUGCUGCUGAUGGCAAGAUUGGUGAAAUUAUCAGGACUCCGGUAGACGAAGAAGGAAAUUACAUUAAUGAAUUUUGCAUAAGGCCUAAUAGCCCUCCAGUUAACCCGAAGGACUCUAAGAUGCACCAUUUAAUCUUUGUGCAUGGGUAUGGUGCAGGUUUAGGUUUCUUUCUGAAAAACUUUGAGAAUAUAAAGCUGUUGAACAAUUCGUGGACAAUUCACGCUAUAGACUUUCCAGGAUAUGGGUUUUCUUCGAGACCCAAGUUCCCUUUCAGUAUAAAUAAAAAUACGGCAUCCGAAGUUGAGAAUUGGUUCCAUGAUAGGUUUGAAAUAUGGCUUCAAAAACGGGGUUUAUUGGAGGACCAAGAAAGAAAUUUGGUUCUGGCACAUUCCUUGGGUGCUUAUUUGAUUGCGCUCUAUGCACAGUCCCGCCCAAAGCAUCUGAAAAAAUUGAUAAUGUGUUCACCUGCUGGAAUCUGUCCAUCUAAUAAGGUUAUAAAGCAACCUCCUUGGUGGUUUGUGAAACUUUGGGAUCGUAAUCUUUCACCCUUUUCGUUGGUGCGAAAUAGUGGUAUUUUCGGAUCGAAGCUCACCAGUGGUUGGUCGUUCCGUCGUUUUAAACAAUUUUUGAAUGAGGGUACUAUGGGUGAGUCCCAGUUUCAAGCAUUACACAGGUACGCUUACGCAAUAUUUAAUAAGCCUGGAUCUGGAGAAUACUUAUUAAGUUUUGUAUUGAAAUGCGGUGGUGAUCCCAGAAGUCCACUACUAUCAAGGCUUUUUAAUUCUCAAGCGGCAGAUUCUUUUAAGGCUCAAUGUGACUGGUUAUGGAUGUACGGUGAUCAGGAUUGGAUGGAUUGCAAAGGUGGUGAACAGGCGUCUGAUUUCAUCGUUCGGCACAUAGGAAAGGAAUCAAAUGUUCAUGUGAUUCCACAAUCUGGCCAUCACCUAUACUUGGACAAUUAUUCAGUCUUUAAUGAAUUACUUCAAGCUGAGAUGGCAAAGAUGUCAGGCUUGCACACCACACAGCCUUAG